AUGGCGUACGAUCUGUUCAAGAAUUUCUAUACGCUUCCUGUGGAGGAGGUUGCAAACCACGCCAAUCUAGAUCAUGGAAUGUUCGUUCAGUUCUGCGAUGCAGCAACUAUGUGCUUGCUGUCCACUGGAAUCCCCUCCAUUCUGAUACUUUGCCCGCUUCAUUUCUUCGCUGGUGGGAAUGCUGCUGGAUCUGACAACCUUUCCCGCGUGGGCUUCGCAAACGUGGUGAAGGGCAGUACUCUGACCUGGGUGCAUCCUUUUUUCGUUUGGUACACCGUCAUCGUCACCCAGGCUUUCCUGCUGCGAGCCCAGCGAGGCUUCGUUCAGAAGCGCUUCCAGUGGCUGAGGACCAUGCCGGAGCCUCGCGCGAACUCUGUGCUGCUUCACAACAUCCCCCCCGAGCUCCGCCAGGAGGCUUCCCUGAAAGAGUACCUGGAAAAGCAGAUCUUCGGAGCUGAGGGCUCCCGCCAAGUUGUGAGGUCGCUCUAUUUCUUGAAGGACACCUCCGAGCUGGAGCCCUUCCUGAAACAGCGACACCGUCUCCUCCAGGAUCACCAGAGGAUGGUGCAGGCUUCCGAGCAUGAGAGACGACAAGCUAUCUUGAACGCCGAAGUGAAGAAGGUCGAUGCCCAGUUGUUGAAACAGCAGGCCAUCAUCGAGAGAAGUGACGAGUACAACCAGGAUACCGCGUUCGUGACCUUUGAACUCCGGCACGAUGCAAUAAUCGUCCUCAAGCUCUUUGCAGAUGGGCGUGGAGGUGAAGACCUCUUGGCCGAGCUUCCUCCGGAUCCUGACGAUGUCAUUUGGACGGAUCUGCUGGCCUCUGCACGCCUGCAAUGGCUGGGAGACACACUUGGAGUUUUCCUGUUGCUGCUGGCUUUCCUCGUCAUGAUCCCGCUGGUAGCAGUCAUUGCUGGGCUGAGCUCAGAAAAGAGUUUGGAGGCGCAAGAUCCGAACUUUGCUGCCUUCGUACAGAACAAUCCUGCAGUUCCGAUCUUCUGGAAUGGGCUUCUCGGACCUUUCUCUCUGAAUCUGGUCAUGAGCUUCCUUCCCGCUGUCCUCGCGUUGAUCCUGGGCUCUUUCUUCAUCCUGAAGGCCCGUGGUUGGCUGCAGUUUCGGAUUCAGCAGUGGUACUACAUGUUCCUUCUCCUGCUCGUGCUCUUCGUCACUUCUGUAGGAACUGCUCUGUCAAGCACAUUGGACUACCUGGUGAAGAACCCGAUAGAGAUCCCGAGCAUCCUGGCACAGACUUUCCCUACCUGCACACAUUUUUACAUGAACUACGUGGGCCUGCAGAUCAGUGUGCACACGUUGGCCUUGACACGCCUGUUCGUGCUCAUCAAGUUUAUGUUUUACCGGUGCUUCUACGAGGAUUUGACCGCUCUGCAGCGUGCGGAGCCCGAGGAUCAGGAGUACCACGGCAUGGGUUCGCGCAGUGCACGAGUGACGCUCAUGUACGUGCUUGCCCUGGUGUUCAGCACACUCUGCCCGCUGAUCACUUUGUUGGGGGCGGUCGCCUUUGGAGUAGCGCGCGUGGUCUACACCUACCUGUUCGUCUAUGCAGAGACCUUGAAGCCGGACCUGGGAGGUCUAUUCUGGCAGCGGCAACUGAAUCAUGCACAGCAGGGCACCUUCCUGUACAUCGCGCUGAUGACAGCAGUGCUUUUGCAAAGGGCUCCGACCCCUUGGCCGGGCAUGAUCUGCGCCUCCAGCGCAGUCUUCAUGGGGUUCUCCUACUACACCUUCCUUAACAGGUUCCGAUGGGAGCAGCUCCAGUUCAGCGAGGUGCCUUCUAAGGGUACCAUGGGCGGUCCUCCGGCCGUGUAUGGCCACUACAAGCAGCCACAGCUGCCCCCACCGCCUCCGCCAGCGCCGAAAAAUGACCUCCUCACCCGUGCAGUCACUUCCAUGCGCCAGCGUCUAGACCCAUGUGGGUUUGGCGGCUAUGACGACGAGGAUGUCCGCGAUGCUCGACAGUUCCGCCGUAGCAAGACCGCUGCGGAGGGAAGAGCUUCGGCUGCGGCUGCAGCGCAGAUGGAGUACAAGCGUACAAGAACGACAACGGAGUAG